ACUGCUGUGCGGAAAAUGGACUGAGUGAAGGAGGGCGUUCUUUCCAACCACCGCUGCCUAUAGCAUCAAAAUACCUACCAGGCUAGGCUGAAAUUGACCAUUUCGGCCCGCCGAAGUAGCGAGAAAAAUACAGUGCCGUCAUUAGUCUUUCACAUCCCCACUCUAAACACACUAACACGGCAUUGAUGGUAAUGUAUGCGAGGAAACAACCGAGACUCGGCGAUGGGUGCGACCGAAGAGAUUCUCAGCCCUAUCAGACUCUCAAAUAUUCAUCCAAGAGCCAUCCAGGAGGGGAUCACAGACAUGAAAAGAUGCGAGACCACUCGGAUGUCACCCCUCCCUGCAAAGUGCUUCGGAGGUCUGACAGCCCAGAAAACAAACACAGUGACAGCACAGGACACAGCAGAGCAAAGGCUGUCCACGCUCACAGGGCCAGGGAUCGCGAUGGAGGGACCAGUUCUUCGCCACAUGAAAAUUCUCAUAACCACAGUAGCGUUCAAAGUUCCAACUCACAUUCAAACCCUAGCAAAGCCUCAGACACAACCCACGAGCCAGGUGAUGACUGGUCGGAACACAUCAGCUCAUCUGGGAAGAAAUACUAUUACAACUGCCGAACAGAGGUGUCCCAGUGGGAGAAACCCAAGGAAUGGCUUGAGAGAGAGCAGCGUCAAAAAGAAACAACAAAACAGACGGCAGUUGUCAACAGUUUUCCCAAGGACAGGGACUACAGACUGCAGACAUCGGUGCCCCCUGGUUUCUCAGCAGCAAAGUCGGCGUCCACGACGAAACCCACGACGACACAGGCGACGCAGUCCUCGUCUUCCGGCUCAGGGAGCUCGAACCCCUCUUCAGGAACGCCGGGGACGUCGUCGUCCUCCACCGUCCCCGUGUCUCCGGUCCUGCAGUCCCCCGCGCCUCCGCUUCUCCAAGACCCCACCUUGUUACGCCAGCUUCUUCCUGCACUUCAGACUGCCCUGCAGCUCAAUAAUGCCAGCAUGGACAUGGCAAAAAUAAACGAAGUUCUGACAGCUGCCGUCACGCAAGCUUCGUUACAGUCAAUGCUUCAUAAGAUCCUUACUGCUGGACCGUCACCUUUCAAUAUUACUACGAUUCUCUCUCAAGCGGCUCAACUGUCCAGCCAAGUAGCAGCUCAGCAGUCAAACCAGUCGCCGAUGUCGCUAACGUCAGAUGCGUCAUCGCCCAGAUCCUAUGUUUCUCCUCGCAUCAGCACGCCGCAAACCAACGCCGGCCCCCUCAAACCUCUCCUCGGCACACAGGCGGGCAUCUCGCUGUCAAAGGUGAGCUCGCCAGCAGUCAAGCAGUCAUCUCACCCGCAGCAGAUAGGCCAGCAGCCGCUCCCCAGCGAUAAACAGCACAUUCAUGAUGCUAGCACAGCGUCACCACGCACCCUCCAGCGGCAAAGCAGUCAGAGGAGUCCCUCACCAAGUCCCAACCACGUCGCACCCGGCAGCGGCAGCAAUGCCACCCCCACGUCUGCCUCCGCCACUUCCUCGACAACCCGGCCCUCCUGCUCCUUCACACCCACCCUCGCUGCUCACUUCAACGAGAAUCUUAUCAAGCAUGUUCAAGGUUGGCCUGCUGAACACGCAGAGAAACAGGCAUCAAGAUUACGUGAAGAGGCUCACACCAUGGGCAGCAUUUGCAUGUCCGAGAACUGCACAGAGCUCAAAAACCUGCGUUCCUUGGUCCGAGUCAGCGAGAUUCAAGCCACGCUCCGCGAGCAAAGGAUACUGUUUCUAAGACAGCAAAUCAAAGAACUUGAAAAAUUGAAGAACCAGAAUUCUUUCAUGGUCUGAGAACUUCUCGUCUCAAAUCGAAGUGGGCGUUUUGAGGAUGGUUAAAGGAAGAAAAAAAGGGUACAGUAGGCGGGAGACCCAUUGCACAUAGCUGGAAGCCAGAGGCAGAGCGGCGGUUCGGUUUCUCUCGAGGCCCAUCUUUACACGUGCACACAGGAGCCGUCGCCGGGUUAGGUUUGGACCGUUCGGGCCGUAACGAGCCAAGGAAGAAGGAAAGGAUAAGCUGUUUGGAGAGGAGGGGUGAUUCACAAUUCAGCUUUGUUUAAAAAAAAAAAAAAAAAAUGGAAAGAAAAAAAAGAAAUGUAGAUUUCUUGUAGAUGUUAUCUAUGUUGUAAAUAUAUUUUGUAGAAUGAAGCCAUGGAAAGCCGUGUCUAUCAAAAGCUUUUGACAUCUAAUCAGCGCCGGGGCGGCGACGUCCUUUCCUUUGCGUGAACUCGUCCGCAGCUUCCUGUUGUCAGUUCGCCAAUCCCAGAAGGAUCUUAAGCCGAUAUCUCACUGAUCGGCGAGUGUUUGCGCCAGACAUUUGCAGACCGCUUUCAAGAAAGCACCUUUCCACAGAAGCCGAGCUUACACAGAAUAACACUGGUAUCGUUUUUCCUUUCCUCCUCAAACCUCAAUGAACUCAUAACCCCCCCCCCCCCCCCCCCCCCCCCCCCUCCCUAGCCCUUUUGGGGUGAAGUGCACUCAGGCAUGGUGAAACAUCCCCUUCUAGCUAAGUCCAACACAACGUCUCCGAAUAGUCGGGUGGUGUGUUUGCAGCUUGUGGUGGCCCUGCAUCUCCCAGUCUUGAUGAAAUAGUGCCUGGCGGUGUGUGGCUAUGUGUGAUUCCAAAUCGAUCAAAUCAAAAAUAAUCAAUGGGAAGUUGCUUACAAUACAUUCCCACACCCCUUGACUGGCUUCAGCCUGGUCCUGCCACAUCCUCCAAGUUUAUUUUUUAUUUUUUAAUAUAUAUAUUUUCCCUUUUGAGAUGCAGGUUCAUUCCAUUGUACAGUCAAAGUGGACAACGUUCAAAGGGUUUAUUUAUAAAGAUUUGUAGAGAUCUACACUUUGAUUUGCACUCUGUAGGAAGGGACAAGAAGCAAACAGGUAGGUUUGGGCAGAGGUGUGUGUGGUCGGUCACAAGGUUCAAAUGUGAAUUGUAUGUAUGUUAGUAAACAUGUUAAGCUAAAGAGAGCCCCGCUUAUUUUAUUGGAGUGUUGGGUUUGCUUUGAUAUGAUGCUAGUAGUGCCUUGUUGAAAGUCUCGUUCGCCUACACGUCCCUUUCCUGUUGGCUUUUUUUGACCUUCUGUUUGACUAAAUAUAACAAAAAUAAAAGAAAAGAUAUUCAA